AGACAAAUGCGCCCACGAACGCAUUAAACCUUUGCGAGAAUAAAUAAUAAAGUACAACCGUCUCUCUGAAUCCCAAUUGAUGAUUGAUCUCAUCUCUCAACUACCUACCAGUUCUCACCACCGAUAGUUGAGAUCACGUGCAUAGAACAAACGCCAUCAUGACUCGAAAGCUCAUCACCGUCCUCGGAAUCACUGGAACGCAGGGAGGCUCUGUGGCCAAUCGGUUUCUCAAUCUCACCCAUGCCGAAUGGCAAGUGCGCGGCCUCACACGCAACCCCGGCUCGGCCAAAGCGAAGGAAUGGGCAGGCAGAGGGGUUGAGAUCGUCAAAGGCGACCACGACGACGUAGAGUCCCUCAAGGCCGCAUUCAAAGGCGCGCACGCCAUCUUCGCCGUCACUGAUUGGGCGGCCAACUACUUCCGCGUCAGCGAGGACAAGGCCCUGCAGGAGAAGGCCAAGGCCGCAGGGCGGACCAUCGAGGAAUAUGCCGGCGACCUGGAGAAGGCCCAGGGCAUCAAGGUGGCGACGGCCGCUUCCGAUCCGGCGGUCCUCUCCACGCUGGAGAGGUUUGUCUUUUCCACCUUGACCGCCGUGCAGAAAAUCAGCGGCGGCAAGUACAAGCAUGCGUACGAGUUCGAUUCCAAGGCCGACGUCGAGAGCCACAUCCGGGAGCACCUGCCGGAGCUGCGCGCCCGGCUAAGCACGGUCACCAUGGGCAUCUUCCAGGAGAACUGGAAGGACAUCCCCGCGUUCAGGGCACAGAAGAAGCCGGACGGCACAUACGAAUUUCUCCGCCUGAACGUUCCGGGUUCUCAUCUGGCGACCCCCGAGGUGGUGGCUUCUCGGGACACCGGCGCUUUCGUCGAGGCGUUGGUCUUCCAUCACCCACCCGGCACGGAUGUCUUGGGCGCCAGUGAGAUCAUCUCCAGGCCAGACUACGCCGCGCUUUGGGGUCGGACAAUGGGAGUCAAGGCGACAGCGCGAGAUGUUGAGAAGGAGGAAUACCUAAAGUACAUCCCCGAGGGAAUGGAGACUACCAUCGUGGACGAUCUCGGAUUCUUCACAGAGUAUGGGUACGCUGGCGGGAACCCCAAUGUCAAGACACCAGCGGAGCUGGGUAUCAAGACGACCUCUUUGGAGGAAUUCUUCCGAGACCAGGAUUGGAGUGGAGUACUGAAAGGAGAACUUUAAGCUUCUUUCGCGCGGCUCUAUCUGACCGGUGAGAAAAAGAAUUGGCCUGGUUUGAGAGUUUAAUGCAUAUGUUGUCCGAACAUUCUGCGACAGGGUAACGUUACUUGGAAGACACAUUGAAUGAUGCUAUAAUUAUACCUUCCAGACUGUUAUACGUGUGCUUGCCGUCUUCGUACAGCGCGCUUCCAACCGUUACGUACUCUCGGAAUGAAACACGGACGGCUAGAUCGUUCUAUG